AGUACCUUUAUAUUUUCGUAAAAUGCCGACAUAUUUUAUACGGCAUACGAGAUAUUAUGCACGUGUUUCCAAUUUUAUAAUCAACACUGUACGCGGUUUGUUCCUGAUAUUUAUUUAAAAGGGUUGCUGUAUGUAAUUAUUUAAAUAAAGUUAUUAGGUUUUGUAUCAGGAAAACAUGGCGGCCUCCUUCCUGAAGGUUGCAGCGACGUGUAUCUCAAGGCAUGCUGCUCGCCAGUCCCUAUCAGCGAGAACGUUCUCUUCAUCGUUACCUGUCAGUCAUAGUGUCCCUCCGUCCUUAUGGAAGUUGGGCAGACUGAACCAUGUUGCGAUCGCUGUACCAGACUUGGAGAAGGCGACGGCUUUGUACCGGGAUGUGCUUGGUGCCCAGGUGAGCGAUACUGUGCCCUUGCCUGAGCAUGGCGUUUACACCGUGUUUGUGGAGCUCGGCAACACCAAACUGGAGCUCCUUCACCCUCUGGGAGAAAAGAGCCCCAUAGCAGGCUUCCUGCAGAAGAACAAAGCUGGAGGAAUGCACCAUAUCUGCAUCGAGGUUGAUGAUAUAAAUUCAGCAAUAGUGGAUCUGAAGGCAAAGAAAAUCAGACUGCUUUCUCCAGAGCCACGGAUAGGUGCUCAUGGCAAACCUGUGAUGUUCCUCCACCCUAAAGACUGUGACGGGGUUCUUGUCGAAAUAGAGCAAGCGUAGUAAUCAGCAUGUCUCUUUAAAAAAACUCCACACAAGAGUGAUAAUUGAUGUUACUAAUGAAGUUGAAAAAUUGACAUAAGCUAAAGGUGUUUUCUUUCACACAGAUCUAUAGUGUCUGAUGUACAUAUGACCUUCCUUAUAUGUAAAUUAUUGGAUAAAUUAUGUGAUUUGGCUUGUAAUAUUCUAUAUCAUUUAAAAUGUUAUAUCAGUACGCUAAUGGGUAAAAUUCAGAAGAACACUAGCAGUCUAGCUGUUUUUAAUAAUAGUGCCAGUGGUAAUGGAAAUUGUUCCCAUUAUUAAUCCACCUCCUUUACAUAAUGAGACCUAGGAGACAGCACAUGUGACCUGACCGAUGACACGCACAUGUAUAGUAAUAUCAUGAUAAUAUAAACAUUUCACUGUUGGAUGCACUAGCUCAUCUUCUUCUCAUUUUCUUGAAGAUAUUAUAACGUUCCUGCCGUUUUUGUGAUUACAAAAACAAGAUUGUUUCCAUCAUUCA